GAAAACAUAGCAUUACAGCAAAAACCUGUUUAGUUUCGUUUCCGGUUUUCCGCAAAUCCAUCAAUAAAACAAAACAAACCAAAAAGGAUAUCAGAUCAGAUUCUGAAACAAAACCCAUCGAUCUCAGCUAUGGCUGCUAAGAUCCUUGCCAACUUAAUUGUGAUGGGUUCUGGUAUUCUGGCAAGGGCCGUAGUUCAAGCAUAUCGUCAGGCACUUGCAAAUGCCUCGAAAUCUGGUGUUGCUCAAGAAACACUACAAAAUGCUGCUCGUAGAGCUGGCAAAGUCAUGACAGAGCAAGAAGCUAGGCAGAUUCUUGGUAUCUCAGAGGAAACUACUUGGGAGGAAGUCUUGAAGAAAUACGAUAGGUUAUUUGAAAACAAUGCCAAGAACGGGAGCUUUUACCUUCAGUCAAAAGUUCACAGGGCCAAGCAAUGUUUAGAAGCUGCCUAUAAAGAUAAAGGUCAAGGGACCCCUACCCCAAGUUGAGAGUCCUUCAUUUCUUUCGUCCAUCUAUUAAUUGUAUUAUUAGGUCAGAGGUCUGAGGAACAAGCCUGAAAGAUAUAGAAGAUUGAGAAUGUAUAUGCACAUGUUGGUUUAGAUCAUCGCCAUUCUGAAACAUCUGUCUGUUGAAGUUGUAUUUACAUACAUGCCUAUUUCAUCAAUGAUACACAUACCACAUAGCAUAGUGGUUGGCUUGUAUGCAAAGUGGUCUUCAAU